UCACAGCCCGACUCGCUCCCUCCCCGUUUACUUUCGCUUCCCAAAGCUGCCCGUGACCUCUGCUUAUCCCGCAAGGAGGAUCGCACCGCGGGGGACGUGUGCCGGCCACGGCACGCACCCACCCCCAAACCCAUGGAUGAUGCUCUACAGAAGCUAUCAGUCUUAUUGUCAACGGCUGCAGCAUGACAUGCAUUUCCUUACAAGCACCAGCCGACUGAAUGAGCAAGUGGUUGAUAAAAUUGUUCUUCAGCUUAACAGAGUCUAUCCCCAAAUUCUCACCAAUGAAGAAGCAGAAAAGUUCAGGAACCCAAAGGCAUCACUCCAAACCAGACUCUCAGAUCUGUUAAAACACCUCCAAAAGAAAGGAGACAGACACUGUCAGGAGUUUUACAGGGCUCUGCAGAUCAAUGCUGAACAGCUGUUUAAUGACCUGCCAAGCAGGAAAAUCUUGAAAACCCCAGAUCCCACAGAGAUAGACACUGACAAGGAGCAAUAUAUGCUAAAUGACAGGGGCCCGGUGUUCUUCCUGGCGUGUUUCAGCGUGGCUGCAGGACUGGCCCUGUUCUGGUACUGCUGUAACUCAGAAACACAAGUCAUAGGAAGAGCCAGGAGAAUCUUGGGCUUUUCUCCUAUUAUCAUAGGAAGACAUGCUAGAAAUAUUUGUAUGUUGUAUUUGGAAGACAUGUCAAGAAAUUAAGGAAAAGCUCUUCGCAUGUCUGUACAGUACCUCGGCCAAAGGAACCCAGUGGUGCAUAAAAAUGUCCUGUACUCAUACCAAAGAUUUUAUUAACUAGCUUCAUCAAUAAUUGCCUUGCCUCCAGAUGUAUUUGGAAUUUCAGUUAUAACGUCCUUCUUUAUGGGAAUGGACCGUUUAUUUUUGUAAAUGCUUAAAGUAUUUAUCAUUUGUAUAAAAAAUAUUUUUAUUACAAGCUUUAAAAUGAUCUGUUAAGUGAGUGUGGGUCUGAAGCCAUGUUUGCAUAUGUGUUUUCCAUACUGGAAUGAAGGAUCACAACUUUUUGAAGAACUCUGGCCUGUCUUUUAUGACAAUUAAUUUCAGAAAAGAACUUAAACACAUGCACUCAAAGCCUUACUAAGAAAUGUGUCUCUGUCUCAGAAUUGUCUGUUUUGUCCAGAUCCAUGUAGUCACUGCCUGAGCUCAGGUGGGCACUGGCACCUGUGAGGAGUUUUUGGGGGCCAGUUCCCUUUACAUGUGCCUUGUAGUCCCUGUGUCUUCUGAUUGCCUGUUGGUGCCUCAUCCCAGCCUGCCUUGUUCCCUGGCACACUCAGUGCUGGCCCUGCUUUCAGUGCCUGCAGCUGCUGCAGGCUGGUUCCCAGCCCAUGGGGUGUUCCAGGGAGAGGAAUGUCUGACCUGAAGCUCUUCAGACUGCCUAGAGAAUGUUCCAGAUUAAUUUAGCUUUUCCUUUCCCGGUGAAGUGAAGGGAGGCUCUGCAGAGAGACGUGGACAAGUUGGAGGGCUGGGCAGUCACCAGCCAAGUGAAGUUCAACAGGGGAAAGUGCCAGAUUGUGCACCUGAGGUGGGGCAGCCCUGGACGGGCUGGGAAGGAGAUGCUGGAGAGCAGCACCAUGCAAAGUGACCUGGGAACCCUGGUGGAUGGAAAAUUUGUUAUGAGUCAGCACUGCCCUGGCAGCCAGGGGGGACAUCCCUGUCCUGGGGAGCACCAGGCCCAGCAUGACCAGCUGGGCCAGGGAGAGGAUUGUCCCACUCCACCCUGCACUGGGACGGCCUCACCUCGAGUGCUGGGGGCAGUUUGGGCACCACAAUAUAAGACCAAAGUACUGGAGAGCUCCCAAAGAGCACUUCCAGGGGUGGGGCAGGAACAGCUUCUCUGGGCAACCUGUACCAGGGCUGGGAGAAGAAUUCUGUCCCAGUAUGGUACAGGAAAUUGACUGUGGCUAGGGCUGUAUUUCCUCCCUUCCUGAGGCUGCUGGAGAUGAGAUUGUCUCUCAGGGAAAAACACGAUCCAGAAUGAGUUAUUCCAAGGGUUAGAGCUGGAAGGAGAAAGAAAAAGUGAGUCUUGGUUCAUCCUAGUGUGAAAGGACCUAACAGCAAAGAGUACAAAACAAUCAGUUCCUUCAUUAGUGCCAGUUAUUAAUUUGAACAGUAAAUGUCAGGCUGCCUAUAAAACUGGCAUGUGCAUAGGCUUGGAGAGAUUCUUUUUCUUGGAAUAUUUUUCUUUCAGGAGCUUGCUUCUCUGCAAGCACAUCUAUGCACAUCUGGACAGUGAUAAUUCCAUUUUCAGCUCCUGUAGGAAGCACAUGUGCACCUGCAUGGGAGUCAGGUCCUUCUGGGCAAACAGUGCUAUGGACUUGGGAAUAAAUCGAGCAGGGUCUUGGAUGAAGCUGUUUAGCUGCAGAAUUUUCAGUUUCCCUGGCAAGUCAAAGAACAGCUUGGCCUGUGCUGGAUUAAUUUAUAAACAGGCUUCACUCUGUGCAGGGAAGUUGUCCCAGCUGGGUUGCAGGUGGUGCCAUGCUGAGGGUGGAGACCAUCCUUGUGAGCACUGUGGCUCCCAUGCUGCAAGCAGGAAUUGUACAGGAGCUGUGGAAAUGGUUAAGGCCGAGUGACGGGACCGUCAGUAUGCAGAAAGCUGGGAAACAAAGUGAUAGAUCCUACAAAGAAUUUGCACAAUUCCAUUUAAUGCCAGACUGCUAUUUAAAGGACUUGGUGAAGGAUGAUAUGCCUGAUGAGCUGGAGUGGGAAUGAAGUGAUGAUUCAUUCUGGGAUGCACUGGGCUGCUUUACAGCUGCUGGAUGGAGUUUGCAGUUAAAAGUGCCUUUGCUGAGGCAAAGCUAUUCCUUUUGUUUCUUUCAUUUGUUGUUAUUUUUCUCAUACUGUAAUAAAUUGAAAACAUAUUUGGUCAAAA